UCUUAUCCAUAUCAAUCUGUGUCCAAAAUUCUCAUAUUAAGUUCUGCAACAAAAAACCUGAGGUGGUAGCUUGUUUUUCUUCACAAGUCAACCAUGGAUUUAGGUCACCAAAAUAUUCCCUCACUUGCAAUCCUACCCUUCUUCCUCUUCAUGUUCACAGUGUUUAGCUUAUUUUGGAGAACAAAAACCAAGCCUUCAAACUCCAAGUUACCACCAGGACCACCAAAACUACCCCUUAUAGGAAACUUGCAUCAGCUUGGUGCAAUGCCUCAUCAUGGCCUAACAAAACUUUCACACCAAUAUGGACCUCUCAUGCACAUAAAACUUGGUGCACUUUCCACCAUAGUGGUGUCUUCCCCUGAAAUGGCCAAGGAAGUACUGAAGACACAUGACAUCAUUUUUGCAAAUAGGCCUUAUCUUCUUGCAGCAGAUGUCAUAUCUUAUGGCUCCAAGGGCAUGAGUUUUUCUCCUUAUGGAAGUUAUUGGAGGCAGAUGAGAAAGAUUUGCACCUUUGAGCUGCUAACUCCGAAGCGUGUCGAAUCAUUUCAAGCGAUUAGGGAAGAGGAGGCAUCAAAUCUUGUUAGAGAGAUAGGUUUGGGUGAAGGGUCAUCCAUCAAUCUCACUAGGAUGAUCAAUUCUUUCUCCUACGGCUUAACAUCACGCGUGGCCUUCGGGGGAAAGUCCAAAGAUCAAGAAGCUUUCAUUGAUGUUAUGAAAGAUGUCUUGAAGGUUAUUGCUGGUUUCUCCCUAGCUGACUUGUAUCCUAUUAAAGGGCUUCAAGUUUUGACAGGGUUGAGAUCCAAAGUUGAGAAGUUACAUCAAGAAGUUGAUAGGAUCCUUGAGAAAAUUGUGAGAGACCACAGGGACACAAGUUCAGAAACAAAGGAAACCCUUGAAAAAACUGGAGAGGAUCUAGUUGAUGUGCUACUAAAGCUUCAGAGGCAGAACAACCUUGAGCAUCCUCUAUCUGACAACGUUAUCAAAGCAACCAUUUUGGAUAUCUUCAGUGCUGGAAGUGGUACUUCAGCUAAAACCUCAGAGUGGGCAAUGUCAGAACUUGUAAAAAAUCCAAGGGUGAUGGAGAAAGCACAAGCUGAGGUAAGAAGAGUCUUUGGUGAAAAGGGGCAUGUAGAUGAAGCUAACCUCCAUGAACUCAGCUACUUAAAGUCAGUAAUCAAAGAAACGCUGCGUCUACACAUUCCUGUUCCAUUUUUACUACCAAGGGAAUGCAGUGAAAGAUGUGAAAUUAACGGGUAUGAAAUACCAGCCAAGAGCAAGGUUAUUAUCAAUGGUUGGGCUAUUGGAAGGGAUCCAAACCAUUGGACUGAUGCUAAGAAGUUUUGUCCAGAAAGGUUCCUUGAUAGCUCAGUUGAUUACAAAGGUGCAGAUUUUCAGUUUAUUCCAUUUGGUGCUGGAAGGAGGAUGUGUCCAGGAAGUGCAUUUGGCAUUGCUAAUGUUGAACUCUUGCUAGCGAAUUUGCUCUUCCAUUUUGAUUGGAACAUGCCUAAUGGGAAAAAGCCUGAAGAACUUGACAUGAGUGAAUCAUUUGGCUUGUCAGUUAGAAGAAAACAUGAUUUGUAUUUGAUUCCUAGCAUCUGUCUCUCAUUUGGUAAUUAAAACCAUUGUGUAGAAACUCUUGUUUAUGCUCUGAUUCAUUGGAUGCUACUACUUUUGGGGGUAAACUCCAAAUGAAGAAUGAAAAGACACAAACUAAAGUUUAGGAGCCAACAUUGUAGUACAUGUGAUUGAUGAAAGAUUGGGAAUAAAUGUAGAUAAAGUUUUGUUUUUUAUUAUUA